GAUUCACAUUCACACACUAGGCUCGAAGAGGAGUGUGUCAUCACCCGAACAAAAAGCCAAACUAGAGAGUAAUUUUAAUAAUAAAGAACAAAGAAGUGAGAGAACAUCCAACGACAGGUUUUCAAAUAACGAAAUAGUACCACGAUAUUCUAUAUGAUCCCGAACGAUAUUUGAGAAUAUAGUCAAAAUGGAAACAAUGGCUGAUAGUUAUAAGACGAAAACGUCAGACUCCUACGAGGACGAGGAGGAGAAAAAACACUUUCAACGAAUCGUCUCAGCUUUCAAAUAUUACAAGCCCCAUUCACUGCAGCGAGUGAAGAAGACUGAAAGUUACCUCCUCUCCCUGCCCCCUCAUCACCAAAAAUUAUUAACAAAAUACAGAGAGCAUCUGCAGGAAGUCAAGCUGUGCAUCGAAAAUAACGACGAGAUAAUAAAGCUCAUCAUAAAAGACGUAUCGCACAUAUUCGAGAAUGUCAAUCCAUCGAGUGCACAUACCGACAGUGUAAGACAAGUUUUCAUGACACUCAAUCCACGACCGGUGUUGGCUGAUCAGGAGAAGGUUCAGGCAACAAUUAAGCAAUUGGUGAGGGAUUGGAGUAGCGAGGGGAAGGAUGAGAGGGAUGCCUGCUAUCAGCCCAUUAUCGAUGAAAUUAUUGGACAAUUUCCAACGGAGUUUUGGAAUGCAGCUGAUGUUCAGGUACUAGUCCCUGGUGCAGGUCUGGGAAGACUGGCAUAUGAAAUAGCAAAACGUGGAUACACAUGCCAAGGAAAUGAAUUCUCCCUUUUUAUGCUGUUUGCCUCGCAUUUCGUCUUGAAUAAAUGCAGAGGAAUCAAUUCAUAUCAAGUACACCCAUGGGUCCACCAAUACAUGAAUAAUCUCCUAGCGGGGCAUCAAACACAGGCUGUUGCAUUCCCGGAUGUUAAUCCCAGUGAUUUACCUGAAAAUGUUCAAUUUUCCAUGACUGCGGGCGAUUUCUUAGAGGUGUACACAGAUACCAAUCGAUGGGAUUGUGUUGCAACCUGUUUUUUCAUCGACUGUGCCAACAACGUCGUUCAAUUCAUUGAAACAAUUCACAAAAUAUUGAAACCUGGCGGUAUUUGGAUCAACCUUGGACCACUUCUUUAUCACUUCAGCGAUAUGCCCAUGGAGGACUCGAUAGAGCCCAGUUACGAAGUCGUCAGGGAAGUUAUUCUAGGUUUUGGAUUUCAAAUUGAGAAAGAACAAGCUCGCGUGCAAACUCGAUACGCCCAGAACACAAAUAGCAUGCUCCAGUGUGAGUACCAAAGUGUCUACUUCGUAUGCAGAAAAUCGAAAAAAGACCCGCCGUAUGAUCACAGAAACGGCAGUGAAGUGAAUGGCACACAAGAGCCAGGGAAUUAAAGUAUACUUGUAAAAAUGUUUUCUUUACAGAAUUUAACAAACUAUCUAUUAUAAGAAAUUCAACCGAGCAUAGCACAAAUUAAUUGAAUGACCAAAAAUGAGAAGUUCUUUGGAUGGAUGAAUUUUUACAAUUUGUGGAGUUAACUGUAUCAUAUAUAGAAGAGGAAAGAGCAAAAUGGGGCACUUCAACGUUUUCAAAACAAAUAUUGAGAUGGUAAAUUGAAAUAAUUCGCCACAUUCGUCACUUCAAUUUUUUUUUUAAUUCAUGGAACCACAGGUCACACUGUUGCCAUAUUUUAACUCAAUCAAAUGUAAAUAUUUUCUUCUAAAACCUACCAUAACUA